AUGCUGAGUAACUCUUCGACUGUUUUGUUGGCUCUGACCGCUAUUGCUGGACUUGUCCAGUCUUCUCAUAGCUGGAGCGACGAGGAUCUACUGCUUCCACCGAUCAACUCUACCAACAGAUUCUUGGCGAACUUGGAGGUGGAUGUGCGAUAUGCGAAGAGGUCUGUGGAGGAGACCGAAACGUCUUCGGAGACAUCUCUUCAGCCGCUGUCUCAAUGCAACAUAAGCGUGCAGAGACUUUUGCCCACCUCGCUUGUCGCGCGCUGGGAUAGUAACUUUGGUUUUCAUUGCGAUGUGCUGAUCUACACGACAAAUAACCAUGGCAGAGCGUUCUUUUCUGCUUCUUUUAACAGGGCUAUCUCACCUGUUGUCAUCGAACACAUUGGAGUAACCGGUGGACAACAAGAAUUUAGAUUGUGUGUUGGAUGUGGUCUCUCAAGGUACAGGCGAUUUGGUCAAAGCCGAUCAAAGGGUCAACUGUCAGGAGACCCAAUCCAGUUUUGUUGUAUUGACUUCGGUUUGGAUGAGCUGAAGGGGGACAAAAGUUGGAGGCUGAAUCGCAAACCCAUUGAGUCCACGCUCGUUGCUUGUUUCAUGACUCUUGUCAUUAUAGUAUGGAGUGUUGCUGCCCUCAUAUGGCCAGUGCCUAUCAUUGCAGGAUUUUUGCCAAACGGUAUGGAGCAGAGACGACCAAGAUAG